AUGUCUCGACAGCGCCACCUUAAUGGCCAGGAUAAAGUCUCGAUUGAAAGGCCAGCCAAUCCGGAUGAGAACACAACAAUGGAGUUUGGUGGAACCCUUGGUGUGACAGCCGCGAUGCUAGGAUUUCCGCUAUUGAUGUACUACAUGUACCUAGGCGCCAGGUUUUAUGACGGGCGAUUUCCGACACCGGGCCCAGAUGAGAGCAUUCCAGAAUUUCUCCUUCAUCUAGUUGAUCUCGCUUACAAUUCCACCUUCCCACAUCGGAGAGCGUGGAUCAUUUACUGGACAUUCCUUGUCUUGCAGGGGGCGGGAUACCUCUACUUGCCCGGGGUGUACGGUAAAGGAAAGAGACUGCCCCAUCUCAACGGAAAGCAACUUGAAUACUACUGCUCUGCGGUGUCUUCGUGGUAUGUGACUAUCGCGGCGUCCCUCGUCCUGCAUUUCUCCGGCAUCUUUCGACUUGAUACUCUGAUCACCGAGUUCGGUCCGUUGAUGUCCGUGGCUAUCUGCUCUGGGUUCUUGGUCUCUGUGGUCGCCUAUAUUUCUGCUUUUAUGCGUGGCGCCCAACACCGCAUGACUGGAACCCACGUCUAUGACUUUUUCAUGGGCGCAGAGCUCAACCCCCGGCUAUUCCGCUGGCUCGAUUUGAAGAUGUUUUUUGAAGUGCGCAUCCCAUGGUACAUUCUUUUCCUCUUGACAUUGGGAACAGCUUUAAAACAAUGGGAAGAUUUUGGAUAUGUGUCAGGAGAAGUUGCCUUUUUGCUCAUGGCCCAUUUUCUGUACACUAACGCAUGCGCAAAGGGUGAGGAGCUCAUCAUCACUAGUUGGGACAUGUAUUAUGAGAAAUGGGGGUUCAUGCUGAUUUUCUGGACCCUUGCUGGAGUCCCAAUGAGUUACUGCCACUGCACCUUGUAUCUUGCCUCCCACCACCCAUCCACGUACAGGUGGAACCCGGUGGUGUUGGGGUUAUUAGCGAUUGCAUAUCUUUUUGUGUACUGGGUAUGGGACACAUGCAAUAGCCAGAAGAACUUCUUUAGGGCGCAAGAGCGGGGAGUUUCCAUCCACCGUAAAACCUUCCCUCAGUUGCCAUGGAAGUUUGUCAAGGACCCGACGAUCAUCCGCACGACGACUGGAGACUCUAUACUGUGCGGAGGUUGGUAUGGAAUGGCCCGCAAGGUUCACUAUACUUGUGACGUGUUCUUCGCUAUUUGUUGGGGACUCGUCACCGGAUUUCAAUCACCUUUUCCUUGGUUCUAUCCGGUAUUCUUCACGAUCAUGAUCUUCCAUCGGGCUAGAAGGGAUACCGAGAGAUGUCGCGAGAGGUACGGGGAAGCUUGGGCGGAGUAUGAGCGACGUGUCCCAUAUUUGUUCAUUCCAGUAAGUUUCCGCAAUAUUUCGACGGAUAUGAAGGCUAACAGCAAGGUAAAGUAUGUGAUUUGA